GCGCGUGCAUCAAGAUGAAGAGGUGGCGACCCGUCUCGGUGUCUCUACCUUGUUGCAGUCAACCGAUAACGGACGCGAGACCGCGGUGUCACGUUCCUGUGCCACGACUACACGGAGUCCCGCCUCCUCUUGAUAGUCCGAUAAACGCCGCCCCCUGAACGUCUCAUAACAACAGCUGUUAGCUCAGAGAGGCAGAGAGACAGCAAAGAGCACAGGCACAGCAGGAAUACCCGUCUGCUGCCUGGCUUUACAGUGAAGACAGAAAGAAGAAACCGCUCAUCAACCAUUUAUCUCCGACUUCGGCUCCGCUCCUCACGGCGCAUGCUCAGACUAACUGACGGUGCAGUUGUUUUAUUCAGGAACUCAGAGACACUGAACGGUUUUAAAGAUGACCACUUCAUGGAGUGACAGACUGCAGAACUACGCAGACUUACCCGCCAACAUGGACGGCGUGUCAAUGAAAAAAUACAGAAGAGAGCCAUACCAUAGAGUGUUUGUGAACAGAAGCUUGGCAAUGGAGAAGAUUAAAUGCUUUGGCUUUGACAUGGAUUACACUUUAGCAGUGUACAAGUCACCAGAGUACGAGUCACUCGGUUUUGAGCUGACAGUGGAGCGCCUGGUUUCCAUCGGUUACCCCCAGGAGCUGCUCAGCUUCGUCUACGACCCAUCGUUCCCCACCAGGGGCCUUGUGUUUGAUACCAUGUAUGGAAACCUGUUGAAGGUUGACGCCUACGGUAAUAUCCUGGUCUGUGUCCAUGGAUUCAACUUCCUCCGAGGCCCUGAGAUCCGUGAACGGUACCCAAACAAGUUCAUCCAGAGAGAUGACACAGAACGCUUUUAUAUCCUUAACACACUCUUCAACCUGCCAGAGACCUACCUCUUUGCUUGCCUUGUGGAUUUCUUCUCCAACUGUGACAGAUACACAAGGGGGAGAAUGCUUUCCUGUUUGGCUGGCGACCCCUCCAACAAGGGAAGGCUAUCCCAUUUAAAAGCAAACAAAAAACAAAUGUCAUGUUUUUGAAAGCCUUCUGUAAAGAUGUGGCCUGUCCGACGGCUGUGUACGUGUGUGUCUCUGCUCCUCUCCCACAGCUGUGAAUCCGGCUUCAAAAAUGGUGACCUCUUCAUGUCCUAUAAGAGCAUGUUCCAGGACGUCCGCGACGCUGUCGACUGGGUCCACUUCAAGGGUACGCUGAAGGAGAAGACGGUUGAGAACUUGGAGAAAUAUGUAGUGAGAGAUGGGAAGCUGCCUCUUCUUCUCAGCAGAAUGAAUGAAGUAGCCAAGGUUUUCUUGGCUACUAACAGUGACUACAAAUACACAAAUAAAAUCAUGACCUACCUGUUUGACUUCCCCCAUGGCCCGAAGCCUGGUACUGCCCACCGGCCCUGGCAGUCCUACUUUGAUCUGAUCCUCGUGGACGCCAGGAAGCCGCUGUUCUUCGGCGAGGGUACGGUGCUCAGACAAGUCGACACGAUAACAGGGCGUUUAAAGAUAGGAACCUACACAGGACCUCUGCAGCAUGGUAUAGUCUACUCUGGUGGUUCCUCCGACAUUGUGUGCGACCUGCUGGCGGCCAAAGGGAAGGACAUAGUCUACAUCGGGGACCACAUCUUCGGAGACAUCCUCAAGUCCAAGAAACGUCAAGGCUGGAGGACGUUCCUGGUUAUACCCGAGUUGGCCCAGGAGUUGCACGUGUGGACCGACAAGAGCCCGUUAUUUGAGGAACUGCAGGGUCUGGACAUUUUCUUGGCAGAACUCUACAAACAUCUGGACAGCAGCAGUAAUGAAAGGCCAGACAUCAGCACUAUUCAAAGAAGAGUCAAGAAAGUGACACACGACAUGGACAUGUGCUACGGCAUGAUGGGUAGCCUUUUCCGCAGUGGCUCCAGACAGACUUUGUUUGCCUCUCAAGUGAUGCGUUACGCCGACCUGUACGCAGCCUCCUUCAUCAACCUGCUGUACUACCCCUUCAGCUACCUCUUCAGAGCUGCACACGUACUGAUGCCGCACGAGUCGACGGUGGAACACGCGCACAUGGACAUCGACACAGAGUCGCCGCUGGCCACACGCAACCGCACCCACUGCAGCGACUGCAAGGACCUGGAUUGCAAACGCAACCAGCUGACCCGCUCCUUCAGCGAGAUCAAACCUCCCAACCUGUUCCCCCAGACUCCCCAGGAAAUUACUCACUGCCACGACGAAGACGAUGAUGAGGAGGAAGAAGAAGAAGAGGAGGAGGAGGAGUAAUAAGCUGGACAUGAGGAAGAAAGUUUAUGCCUUCUCAUGUUUCCCAGUAGAGUUGGAUAUUUAUCUUUAAAAAAACAUCUGUGUGUGUGUGUGUGUGUGUGUGUGUGUGUGCGUGUGUGUGUAUCAAUACUGUAUGCACACAAACACACACACACCUAAAUCCAGUAGAUUUCUGAGGGAAUAAAAAAAGGACCAGAUCUCAAAAAGGACAGAUCAUAUGAUCUCAGAAGACUAUAUGCAUGCUCGGUCCUCUCAAAGCCAACCAACCUAUCCUAGCUUCAUUAUAAAAAAAUUAAAAAAACUUUUCUUUAAAAAAUAAAAUCAUUUAAUUAGAUUUCCUUUUUAUUGUUACAGUCAGACAGACAGAACAUUACAUAACGUUUUCAAAUCUGACUUUUAGGACCUGUUGGUGGAUUAAAUAGAUACAGUCACAUUUAUGCUGAAUGUCCAUCAGACGUGGGUCAGUAAAGUGUAGUUUUAAUUGUAACAAACUAACCUUGCUGACAUAAUAUGCACAUUAUAAUUAAACAAAAAGCACUGUUCAGCUACAGUCAAAAGAAAUGUACAUACUGUAUGAAAACACUUUUUAUGAAACAUGGGAACAACUUUCAGUUUUUCAUCUGUUUAAUUUACUUUUGUCUGAUUUACUAGUUCUUUGUCCUUGUAUGUCGGGGUGUGUGUUUCUGUGUGUGUCUCACUCAGUGCAGCAUUCUGAGAGACGCUAAGCAUCCAUUCUAACUGAAGCACAAGCUGGGGUCACACAAGCAUGUUUGGUUUGAAGUUAACACGUUGUGGCACACAAGUGGCUCUUUAACUGAUAUUUUGUUACCAAGCAACAAUGAGGUAACCGUAUUAUAUGCCAAUAGACUCCAUGACAACCCUGAAGUACAGGAGGGUUUCUGGAUUGGGUGCAUGGUUUAAUGCCAUGAACAGCUAACAUGCAGUGUUUUCUUUCUUUUAAUCUGCUCCGUUAUUCAGGAAGAUGAAACUUGAGUAUUUAUGGGGAGAGCAACAGAGUGUGAUAUGUCGGUCAGGUGUGUAACAGGAGUAUGAAAGUAGCCUCGGUAUGCAAGGAAAUAAGGUGUUUUUUUUUUACACUGUAUGGUAAAAAGGCUGAGUUCAUAGCUUCAGACUGAUUAGCUUGCUUUGUUUAUCUUUCUAGUUUUGGGGCUUUGUUUUUUUUAAUUAAAAAAGAAUAUAUAUAUAUAUUUUGUUUUUAUUUGCUCACCCUGGGAAAUGCAUUGACAUAGUACAGUAUUCUUCUGUUGGGCCUCUUAACUCUGAAGUGACCAUUUCAUUAUAGUGUUAAAAACAAAUAUACAUUUAAAUUUGUGACAGAUAAUGAAGACACCGUAAGCCUCCUCAAACAUAAAUGUUUUACAUAGGUUUAUUGUGAAGGGCGCUCUCAUUGCAUUGUCUGCAAUGGCUUAGUGGUCCCUGCUGGAGAAGUAGAGCCACCAGCUGUUUGCCUCUAACUCCAUAUAUUUGAAAAACAAUUGUGAAGGGAGACAUGCAUUCAUCUGCAUUUUCUUUUCGCUAAAUCUGGAUGGAAACUUGGCUUGUGACCGCCCACCAACUUAUCAUCAGACUUUGAUUUACGUCGCUAAAUGCUGAUUGGUAAACAAAAGUAUUUGACUUCCUCUUUUCCAAAUACAAACUAGUGCAAAACAGACGCUUAGAUAUCGCUCAUGUGAAAUAAUUAGAAUGUGUCGAGCCUUGUCAGAAAACAGUUUUCAUGUCAGACCCCAUCGGCCAUAAUGAGAAGCUGAUGGAGCAGAUAUGUUUAACCCGGGUAUCGCCGGCAUGUCCAUUUGUUCCAGUUUAAUACGUUUCUCCAAAUGCAUUAGUGUAACUAUGCAGAACACAGAGAGCUGUCUUUUCUAUUUCCCCUUUUAACCGGCGUAUCCUGUAUGUUAACUUUCCUCAUGUUUUUAUACUUGGUCUUGACAUGCUGCCUCAGUCCUGUAAGUGUUGGACCGGCCCGUUGAUUUAGGCCACAAAAAGGGAAGAAACAUGCCAUUUACUUUUUGCAUCAUUUUUGUUGGGCUUGAUGUGUGAAAAGUGAAUAUGUUUCACUCUGUGGUGAUUCAUUGGGUAAAAGAUUGACACAUUUCUGCUGUUUGUCCUCUUUGAUCAUUGUCAUUACCUUUUCUACUUUUUUUAAUGAAAUAUUAUUGAUUUUGUUUCUUGAACAUGGAUUAACUGGAUAUGCUCCAUGAGGCAGCUGCUUUGCCGAUAGGAAAUAGCCGACUGUCUUUUCUUUGCAUAUUUUGCAUAUGCAUGUGAAAAUAGGCAUAUCUAUUCUGCUAAGAUUAUGGUAGACUUGAUUUUACAUUUAUGUGGACUGUAUUAUUUUAAAGAAAUGCUUUUUUGACAUUUUGUCAUUAUAGUUUACACAGGGACAAAACAAAAUUGCACCUGUAAAAAAAUGUUUCAAAAGAAUUUACAAGAAUUUAAAUUUUACAAGUAAUAUAGUAAGUACAGAUAUGUUACCUAUAAUAAAUACCCUGUGGUUCUUUUUAUUUUUCUAAGCUAGCGUUUUUAAUUGGUUUUGGUUUACAGAACUGUAAAUAGACAUUUCCAUUUCCUUAUAGUUUCUUUUCACACAUUUUCUUUCACUCACACAGUUUUCAUGGCCAAAAAAGUCAUCUUUCAUUUUACAAACUAUUGUAAUCCUUUGUUUUUAUGCAUAUCAAUUCAUGUUCUCCCGAACAGUGUUUUGUUUGUUUGAUUCCAGAAAAUAUCCUACACACUGUACAUUAAGGUAAAUUACAUAAAAAUGUAGAAUAAAGAUAGUUUUUCAUAA